AUGAGCAAAGCUUGGUCGUCAAAGGAAGAUGAUAUCCUUGUUAGACUUGGCAACAGAGGAAAUAGGAGAAGAAUGAGGACGACAUAUUUGAAACACAAGACCGCCAAACAAUGUGCGGAGAGAUGGAAAAAUAUUCAAGGAUAUAUCGACAGACCAUUCGCCCCUUUUGAGUGUAAUAAGAUUCGGUAUUUGUAUCGGCUAUGUGGUCCUCGCUGGGGAAGAAUUUCCGCAGUUCUUCACCGCUCUCCUCAAAUGUGUAUGGAAUGCUGGCUUUCUUUAAAGGAUAUGGAUGAAGAGGCUGCGAGAAUACGCGGGAAAAUGGCUGUCCAGCGGCUUCUUUCCUAG